UAGGUUGGUCUCCUUCUGUUUGAAGUUGUUGCCGAAAUCAAGGAUUGAUUGUUGAGAAGCACUCUUUCACCGUGUCCGCGCCCAGUCGUCGUUGAGUUGGUUUGCUGCUCCCACUUAGUAUCCGAAGAAGGAACUUUGCGCCGCUCUUGCAUGAGUCCUUUCUUUUGAGUUCGUUUGAAGAGGAAAAAGUCGAUGCACCGUACACCGUACACCGUACACUGUCCAACGUCAAAUUGGAUCUACUCAGCCCACAUUCAAAGGAUUACCGAGUGCUUAAAUUCCCGGAGAGAAAAUGUCGACAGUUCCGGUGAGUUGAUCAUAAUUGUAAUCGUCGUCUAACUUGUUGAAUCCACGUGGAAGAUUUGAUGCACGGAUGACGGUUUUGCUGCUAUUCUUGUCUUGUCGUCUGAGUAAAUCCCUUGAAACUUGAGAGCGAUCCGAGUAAAUGAUCGUUGGCGAGCAACAAGGUCGACGAGCGAUGAUUAUCCAAGUCUAUCCAGCUCGUUACUACUAUGUCCUCAUGCCACCAAUCACUAGUCUGCGGCCCGUCUUCUCUCCAUUCUCUUCAUUUCGUCAUCAAUAGGUUGGAAAAGGCCGUCGGAGUAGGAGUAUCCCAAAAUGCCAGAGACGAAACGCAUCUUAUCAGAACGGGUGGAGAAGGAGGAGAGAAGAAGGCCGGAUGGGGCGAGGGGAAGCUGCGCCCGCGCUUCGCGCUUCCAUCGGUAGCCGUUCAAGCUGGCGUCUCUCUCGGCCCAUUCGGUCCGAAAAGCCACGGUAGUGAAGAUGCUCUGUUCCGCUGCCCUCCAGUCUCAGUCAGCAUUCGAACGUCCACUCUCGUCAUUCAGCAUUUAGCACAACUCUUUUGAUUCCCAAGUGAAAACCGUGCGACAGCUGCACCAUUCCCGUCCAUCCAGUGGAAUUUGACGAUUUCCAACGCUUGCGCUUUCAGAAGCCCGUUACUCCGUUUCAGCGAAAUGUGUUCCAACGACAGCAGCAGCCUGAGCGGCACUAUGUGCAUGAUGACUGAACGGGAUGCGUCGUUUAGCGGUGAGAGCACCGUCAACCCAGAGUUUGACAGUGGCAGUAGUAUUAGUGGCGGGAGCAGCAGCAGCACUACUGCGGUCGACUUAUCCAUGUUGCCGAUCGACAUGACUUUCAACGACGGCCAUGUUGUGUCCAUCGCCACCUACAGUGUCUUGCUUAUCAUCUCAGUCUGCGGCAACAUCACCGUCCUAGUAAAUCUGAUCAAAAGGCGACACAUCAGCAACCCGCGUGUCAAUAUUAUGCUGACUCAUCUAGCCAUCGCCGACCUGCUGGUUACGUUGUUAUUGAUGCCGAUAGAGAUUGGAUGGGCUGCUACGGUCCAGUGGAGAGCAGGUGAUUUUUCCUGCCGGAUUCUGGCCUUUUUCCGGACGUUCGGCUUGUUCCUCUCUUCAUUUGUUUUGGUUUGCAUCAGCAUUGAUAGAUUCGGAGCUAUUUUGCAACCCAUGAAAUUAGAUUAUUGGAAACGUCGUGGGCGUUUUAUGUUAGCCAUUGCUUGGGCUUGUUCCGUCAUUUGCUCUCUGCCUCAGGUUUUCGUGUUCCACGUCAAAGCUCAUCCGGAAUACCCUUGGUAUGAGCAGUGCGUCACUUUUGAUUCGUUUCCGACCAAGGCUCACGAGAUUUCUUACGCUGCCUUCGGCAUGAUGAUGAUGUAUGUUCUUCCACUCGCCGUAUUCGUCUUCACUUACAGUUCGAUUCUUUGCGAGAUCAGCAGGAGGAGCAAGGAAGCAGUCGGACAAGAGGAGGGUAUCCGAAGGGUGACUGUCGGUACGCUUGGACGAGCACGUAUAAAAACCGUCAAAAUGACUCUAGUGAUCAUUUCCGUUUUCAUUUUCUGCUGGACACCGUACAACAUCAUGAGCAUCUGGUUCUGGUGUGACAGAGAUUCGGCGCUUCAAGUUGACCAACGAAUCCAAAAAGGCCUUUUUCUUUUCGCGUGUACCAAUUCUUGCUUCAACCCUAUGGUGUACGGUUACUUUUCGCGACGAACGGUUCGCAGAUCUCACCACGAACUUCACAGAAAGGUGGUCUAUCAUCCCAGUCGAAUGGCAUCAAGGGCCUUGGCUCCCUCACUCAGAGUAGAUUGCAAUUCUAAAUCAUUGAAGGAAGGAGCAGUAACUGAACCGUGUUUACCACAGCAGCAUCUACCGGUUGCGACUGCCGACGAUCCUUCAUGUCAGGGACAGGCGGAACCGAUUUUCACCGCCUCCUCAAUCGCCGUAGCUGUUAAAAGAAGUAAUAGCUGGCUGAACAAUCGAUCGAACCCUAAUGUCGUCACACAUAUUUUUUAACCGUAUUCUAUGAUUGAAGGGGAACAUCUUUAGUAUGUCUGUCGUCGCUGUCCACUUCUGAACCACUUUGUACAUAUAAAGGAUGUCCUUGUCGUCAAUCGAUAACUUUGAAUACAAACAUAAUCUUGUA